AUGACAUCAUCAGCAAUCGAAGUUCGAGAAUUACUUAUUUAUCCGAUAAAAUCUUGUGCUGGUAUAUCAGUAAAUGAAGCACAAACAACAAAAUAUGGUCUAUCUCUUCCAUCGAAUUCUUUACUAUCUGAUCGACGAUGGAUGCUUGUAAAAGAUGGUCGACAAAGAAAUCAACGUCAUCUCUCUCGAAUGGCAUUAAUUCGUCCGUCAUUUACAUCAUUAGGUCUUCAAGUUGAUGCACCUGGAAUGACACCAUUAGUUAUUCCAUAUAGUCCAUUACCAGAUGAUAUAAUUGACAUCGAGGAACUUAGUGUUAAAGGUCGACGAUAUGGUCUAAAAGUUUCCGAUUGGUUUUCAACAUUUUUAGAAACAUCUGAAAUAGAUUUAGUUUAUUUUGACGAACAAUUUGAACCACAACAUACAAAAAAUAUUGAACCAGAAUAUCCAAAUGAAGCUCUUGAUUCUGAUGUUGUAGCUUAUCAAGAUAUGAGUCCAUUUCAUUUAGGUUCAUUAGAAUCAAUUGAUGAUCUUAAUAAAAAAUUAGAAGAUCCGAUUAAAAUAUAUCGCUUUCGUCCAAAUAUUAUAGUUAGUGGUGUUGAUAAACCAUAUGGUGAAGAUUAUUGGCGAGAAAUUCAGAUCGGUGAUCAAGUUAAACUUCGUUGGUUUCGAUCGGCUUUAAGAUGCUUAUUACCAACUGUAAAUCAAGAAACAGGUGUUCGUGAUCCAAAACAAGAACCAUGGAAAACACUUCAAACAUAUCGUCGUAAACCAGAAUUAUAUGGUAUUAAAGCUCAAUUUGGAACUUAUCUUUCGUCUAUUGAACAUGGAAUUAUUCGUGUUGGUGAUCGAGUUCAUAUUUUACGAGAAGAUAAAGACUUUUAG